UGCGGCUCUGGACUCCGGGACUCUUGUGUUCUUUGUGCCGUGCUGUGACCCGCUGUCGGGAGCUGUGGGGAGAGCGGGGCGAACUCGGAAUCCGCCAUGUUUUCUUCUAAAAAAUCGUGAAUUUGGGCCAUUGAGACACGUGUGAGCACACAUGCCACAGCACUUGUGUGAAGGAUACAGUGACCUAUGAGGAUGUGCAUGUGAAUUUCACUCAUGAAGAGUGGGCUUUGCUGGAUCCUUCCCAGAAGAGUCUCUACAAAGAUGUCAUGGUGGAAACCUACUGGAACCUCAUUUCUAUAGGUUACAAAUGGGACGACCACAAUAUUGAAGAAGAUUAUCAAAGUUCUAGAAGACAUGGAAGGAAUAUCAUCUGUCACUCUGGACACAAGCCAUAUGAGCAUCAAGGACAUGGAAAGAAGCAAUAUACCUCUUUUCCUCCUGGCACAGUUAGAAGACAUCUUGUAGUCCCCACUGCGAGAAGACAUUAUGGCUGUGAUACAAGUUUACACUCUCACAUUGGAGAAAACCCUUAUGAGAACAAGGAAUAUGGAAAUCUGUCUGUCUGUCCUGGUUCACUUUGCUCAUGCAGUGUGACUCACAGUGUAUGUUAUACAUGCAAUCAGUGUUGUAAAACUCUGAGUUCUUCCAGUUUUUUUCAAAGAUAUGAAAGAGCUCAUUUUGGAAAAGGAAGUGAAAAAUGUGAGCUUCGUACUAAGGACUUUAGUCAUCACAGGUAUCUUCAAAUACACAAAACAACCAAUAAUGAAGAGAAUCUCAAUGAAUGUGAUCAACAUGAUAAACCCGUUCAAUAUGAUUCUACUUUAAAAGUACACCAAAGAACUCAUUUGGAAGAAAAACCCUACGAAUAUAAUCAAAGUGAUAAUGUCUCAGCAUGUCAUAGUUUUCAUCAAGUACAUAGAACUCAUUCUAUAGAAAAAAGGUAUGAAUAUGAGCAAUGCAGUAAAGCCUUUGCAAGUCCUAGUUAUCUUCAAAUAUAUAAAACUAUUUAUGCUGGAGAGAAACCCUAUGAAUGUAAUCAAUGUGGUAAAACCUUUGUACAGAAGAGUAAUCUUCACAGGCAUGAAAAAAGUCACACUGGAGAGAAACGCUAUGAAUGUAAUCAGUGUGGUAAAGCCUUUGCACACAAGUAUAAACUUCUCAUUCAUGAAAGAAUUCAUACUGGAGAGAAACCCUAUGAAUGUAAUCAAUGUGGUAAAGCCUUUGUAGAGAAGUGUAAUCUUCGUAGUCAUGUAAGAAGUCACACUGGAGAGAAACCCUUUGAAUGUAGUCAAUGUCACAAAGCCUUUGCACAGAAGAGUUCUCUUCGCAGUCACGAAAGAGUUCAUUCUGGAGAGAAACCCUAUGAAUGUAAUCAAUGUAGUAAAGCCUUUGCACAGAAGAGUAAUCUUCUCAUUCAUGAAAGAAUUCAUACUGGAGAGAAACCCUAUGAAUGUAAUCAAUGUGGUAAAGCCUUUGCUCAGAAGAGUAAUCUUCUCAGUCAUGAAAAAAGUCAUACUGUAGAGAAACCCUAUGAAUAUAAUCAAAAUGCUAACUCCUUUACACAGAAGAAGAAUCUUCUCAUUCAUGAAAGAAGUCAUACAGGAGAGAAACCCUAUGAAUGUAAUCUAUGUGGUAAAGUCUUUGCAAGGAAGAGUCAUCUUCUUAGUCAUGAAAGAACUCAUACUGGGGAAAAACCCUAUGUAUGUAAUCAAUGUGGUAAAGCCUUUGGACAUAAUAGUCAUCUUCACAGUCAUGAAAGAAUUCAUACUGGAGAGAAACCCUAUGAAUGUAACCAGUGUGAUAAAGCAUUUGCACGUAAAAGUCAUCUUCAUAGGCAUGAAAGAUGUCAUACUAGAGAGAAAUCCUAUGGAUAUAAUCAAUGUGGUAGAGACUUUGCACUUAAUAGUCAUCUUCAAAUAGAAGAAAACUCAUACUGGAGGCAAAUUCUAUGAAUGUAAUCAAUAUGGUAAAGUCUUUGCAUGUUGCAGUAUUCUUCAAAAAUCUUAAAAAUAUUCACACUGGUGAAAAUCUCUAUCCGUCUAAUAAAUGAGGUCAAGCCUUGCUGUCCACAAUAAAAAAGCCUACAUUUUUAUCUCAGUGGUGCUUCAUUAAGAUUAGUAGAGCCACUCCAUAGUUAAAAUAUUGUCUCAUUUUCAAGUUGUAAACAUUGUAUUCCAAGAAUAUAGAAACAUGAUAAUUUGAAUAAUAAAAUGUGUUUCCAAUUGAAA